AUGUCCUUCAAUGAGCAGCAGACCAAGCAGCCAUGUAUGCCUCCUCCGUGUCUUCAGAAGACCCAAGAGCAGUGCCCGGCAAAGGCUAAGGAGGUGUGCCUGCCCCCGUGCCAGGACCCCUGCCAAGAGAAGAGCGCAGUGCAAGCUCAGGAGGUGUGUCUUCCUCAGUGCCCGGAGUUAAACCUAGAAAACUGCCCACAGCAAUGCCAAGACCAAUGCCCGCCUCAGUGUGUGGAGCCAUGCCAAGAGCUAUCUCAGACAAAAUGUGUGGAGGCUUGCCCACAGAAAGCCCAGGAGAAGUGCUUACCCCCUGGCAAGGGGAAGUAG